AUGGACGAGCAUGCAACACAGUUUGCAUGGAUUUCCUUUGUGGAAGAAGAGUCAUUCGCCCGAAUGCGAUGGCUGUUCGGCUUUGGCCUGAGGGGCGACACGCACUGUGGGCACAGCCAGCUAGCGUUCUCUCCUAUCGACCCAAGAUACCGGUGGAUCAUGUCGCCCCCGAGCAUGGACCGCGAUGAUCUCGUAGACCUGACACACGACGAGGAGGACGACCAGGGCGAAAGACUCAUCAAUGAGGAGUACAAAACUUGGAAGAAGAACAGUCCGUUCUUGUACGACAUGAUUCUUGGCACCGCUCUUACAUGGCCUACUCUUACUGUUCAAUGGUUUCCUGACGUCAAGGAGCCCCCGGGCAAAAACUUCCGCAUGCACCGCCUGCUGCUUGGCACUCACACAUCCGACGACAGCCCCAACUUUUUGCAGAUUGCCGACGUUCAAAUCCCCAAGGCGCUCGCGCCAAACCCGGACGAUUACGAGGACGACCGUGGCGAGAUUGGAGGCUAUGGCAGGUCGGGAGAUAUUGCUGCAAUCAAAUGUGAUAUUGUCCAGAAGAUUGAGCACCCCGGCGAAGUCAACAAGGCCCGCUAUCAGCCUCAGAAUCCAGACAUCAUUGCUACGCUCUGUGUCGAUGGAAAAAUUUUGAUCUUCGACCGCACAAAGCACCCACUCCAGCCCUCAUUCGCCAGCAAGAUUAAUGCCCAGAUCGAGCUGAUUGGUCACAAGGCCGAGGGCUUCGCUCUGAAUUGGAGUCCCCAUGAGCAGGGCUGCUUGGUCUCUGGGAGCGAGGAUAAGACCAUGUGUCUUUGGGACCUGAAGAAGCUUGAAUCUGAUACGAGGAUCCUCAAGCCUUGGCGUCGGUACAACCACCAUACUGCAGUCGUCAACGAUGUUGAAUACCACCCCAUCUCAAGAAACUUUAUUGGCUCGGUCUCUGACGACCUUACACUGCAAAUCGUUGAUACCCGUAACAGCGAUACGGGCAAGGCUGUAGUCGUAGCCAAGGGUGGCCAUUUGGAUGCUAUCAACGCCUUGUCCUUUAACCCCAACUCCGAGGUCCUGGUGGCCACUGCCUCUGCUGACAAGACAAUCGGUAUCUGGGAUCUUCGCAAUGUUAAGGAAAAGGUGCAUACUCUGGAAGGCCACAACGACGCCGUCACAUCAUUGUCGUGGCACCCAACCGAAGCUGCUAUUCUUGGUAGCGGGAGCUAUGACAGACGCAUCAUCUUCUGGGACAUCUCUCGCGUUGGCGAGGAACAGCUUCCUGAUGAACAAGAAGACGGCCCCCCAGAACUGCUUUUCAUGCACGGUGGCCACACGAACCAUCUUGCUGACUUUAGCUGGAACCGCAACGAGCCGUGGAUGGUUGCCAGUGCUGCUGAGGAUAAUCUUCUGCAAAUUUGGAAGGUCGCCGAGGCCCUUGUUGGGAAGGAUGACGGUGAGCUGCCCGUGGACGAGCUUGACCAAUAG